AUGUACGAAUUUCCUAAAUUUCUCUAUCUCGGCGCCGUCCGAUGCCGGGAACUGUACAUUCUUCGUAUCGCUACUACGUACAACAGCUGCAAAUUUCGAGUGUUUCUAAAACCGCCGCCGCCACCACCAUCACCACCACCACCGCCGCCGUCGGUGCCGCUGCCGCCCGUUGCCAUCGACCUCAGCUCGAGCCCGGGUCCGGUUCAUUUCGAGACCACCGCCGUGCCGCCGUGUACCUUUGCGGUGCCUCGACCAAUAUCCAUGAGUUCGCAUAGUUCGUCCAAUUGGAAGCCGCACACGGACAAGCCAUACAGAUGCUCUAAGUGCGGCAAAGGCCUGUCCCAUAUGUUCACCCUGAAUCGCCAUCGUAGGACCGUCUGCGGCAAGGUGCGCAACAGCAACGGCAAGUGGAAGUGCGAGCACUGCACCAGAACGUACAAGACCGAGGGCAACCUUGCGCGUCACAUUAGAUACGAAUGCGACGUGCCGCGGCAGUUCCAUUGCAUCUUCUGCAACCGCGCCUUCACCCAACGUUGCAGCCUGAGCAGGCACCUGAAAAAGUUUCACAAUCAAAGCGCCGACGGCGUGAUGAUGCAGAGGGACCAGGCUUUCGAGCAGUCAGGCAACGUCGAUUCCGACUCUGCUUAUUGCUCGUCGGAAUCGGUCUGCUUAUCCAUCUAAAUUCGAUCGCGACACGGCAAUUUGCGCGCAGUAAUUUGCUGCAGCACACACAGCAGAGAUGCUUUUUUUUGCUCUCCGUGUGAUAAGCAAUGAGCGCGUGCGCAACAAACAACGCGUUGAUCUUUACCGAUUUGUGGAACCUGGCUGAAGUGUAUGAGCAAACGCGACCAUCAUGAGAACGCGAUGUGUUCCUUCUUCGGAAUGGCUUUAUGGAAGUACCGAGACGGUACUAGCAACGGUACUUGUUGCUGGUGUUGUUGUUCGACGAAGAUGUCGAUUUUACAAUCGCACCGUCGCACAAUGGAAAACUUCUAAAAUUCGAAAUAAAGAGAAUUAAAUAUAUCUUCUAGAGCGCGAGCGUAGCGUAACAGACUGGUUUGUUAUACUAAAGUUCCCGGGUGCGUUUCUCGGCAGAACCAAAAUAUUUUCAUAUGCUCGUGUCUCCUUUCCGAUGGGCUUGGCGAUCCAUCGAAAGUAUCUCUGCCAAAAAUCUCACGCAAAUUGCCGUUCGGAGCGGCGUUAAAACUGUGUAGGUCCCAUAUAGUUGCGUAUAAUCUGCGUACGCAUUACAAUGAUAUGCGUGUGAGAACCGGACAAUGUCGAAAGAU